AUGCAUUUUAUUAUUAUAAAAUACUUGUUUUGUAUUUUAUUAUUAAAUUCAUUUAUCGUUUCUAUUCCUCGAAAUGUUAAAGGGACAAUUAUUAUGUAUGAAAUAUUACCUGAUAUAAAGAUACAAAAAGAUACUGUAUUGUAUGAUGGAAGAUUUGAUGGUCCAUAUAUUAAAAAAAAUGAUGAAAAUAUUUUAUUAAAAGAAUGGAUAAAAAGAUAUCAUUAUAAUUAUAUGAAAAGAGCAGGUGGUAGAGGUUUUAGUAUUAAUGACGACAACGGAAGUGUUAAAGAAAUUAUACCGGAAAAAUAUGUUACCAAUUUGGGUGAGAACAUUAAUACAGACAAUAUAUAUAAAUUAACGCUAUAUGAUGAAAAGAGUAAUGAUAAAAUUGAUAGUGAUUAUAUAAAAAUAAAUGAAAACAAAACUUAUAUUUUGUAA